CUCGUGGUGCUGGCUGCCGCUGUUGAGGCGGCCGGGAACGGGCGGUGGGGAGCGGGCGGAGCUGGCCUUGCCUCUGCCUGGCUCGCGCCGCAGUCGGCGCGGGCCGCGCCCGCCGCCGUAAACUGCCCCGAGCGCCUGCUGAGGCCGAGGGAGACGUCGGGGCCUGCACCUGGAGGGAGCCUGCCGCGCUGGCCCCGAGGAGGGGGCGUUGCCAUGGCGACAGCCUCUCCCGCCGCUGACGGGGGGCGGGGGCGGCCCUGGGAAGGAGGGCUGGUCUCCUGGCCCCCUGCCCCUCCCCUUACUCUCCCCUGGACUUGGAUGGGUCCGAGUUGGGGGCAACACCCUGGGCAUUGGGGCUUUCCAGCUCUCACAGAACCUUCAGCAUCCCCAGCUGGCAGUCUUGGCAUCUUCGAAGUAAGGAGAGUUUUAGAUGCUUCUGGAUGUUCAAUGCUAGCACCUUUACAGACUGGAGCAGCUCGAUUUUCUUCAUAUUUACUUUCAAGAGCAAGAAAAGUGCUGGGCUCCCACUUAUUUUCUCCCUGUGGUGUUCCGGAGUUCUGCUCCAUAUCCACCAGAAAACUGGCGGCCCACGGCUUUGGCGCAUCCAUGGCGGCAAUGGUGCCCUUUCCUCCCCAGAGGUAUCACUACUUUUUAGUGCUGGACUUUGAGGCCACGUGCGACAAGCCACAGAUUCAUCCUCAGGAAAUUAUCGAGUUCCCCAUCCUGAAGCUAAAUGGUCGAACCAUGGAGAUUGAGUCUACCUUUCACAUGUAUGUCCAGCCCGUAGUCCAUCCACAGCUUACUCCCUUCUGUACAGAGCUCACCGGGAUUAUUCAAGCUAUGGUGGAUGGUCAGCCAAGCCUGCAGCAAGUACUGGAGAGGGUCGAUGAGUGGAUGGCGAAGGAAGGCCUCUUAGAUCCAAACGUCAAGUCAAUUUUUGUCACCUGUGGAGACUGGGACUUGAAAGUCAUGCUCCCAGGUCAGUGCCAGUACUUGGGCUUGCCAGUGGCGGACUACUUCAAGCAGUGGAUUAAUCUGAAAAAGGCUUACAGCUUCGCCAUGGGCUGCUGGCCCAAGAAUGGACUUCUAGACAUGAACAAGGGCCUCAGCCUGCAACACAUAGGCCGGCCCCACAGCGGCAUUGAUGACUGCAAGAACAUUGCCAACAUCAUGAAGACACUUGCAUAUCAAGGCUUCAUCUUCAAGCAGACAUCGAAGCCGUUCUGAUUGGCCGAGGACGGGAUGGGGCAGGACAGGGUAGCUGCUUGGCCCAGCCCAGAACCCUCCUUUCCCUCACCAGAGGGGAAAAGGGAGAGUGGCACAGCUCUACAUCCAGAGUGUCCCCCAGCCUGCCCUGUGGGCUUGUGCCCGGGGUAAGGGCUUGGCCACUUGGCCCCUCUGGAGCAGACACUUUGUGGCCCCCACCCCAACCCCCCAACCUCAGCCCAGUAUUAGCCCCUCCCAUUGUGGGCCUGGGCUAGGGGGACCCAGGCACUCACCGCCUCCUCCCUGGUACACAGGCUUCUGCCGGGGCCACCAAGCCCCCCUGUGCCCCCUCCCAUCUGUAGUGCAUGGUGUGUGGUGCCCCCAGGGCUCCAGGACAGAUCAGGCCCCACCUUGUGUCUACCCCCAUCCCCGCUGUGAACGUGCCACUGAAUAAAGUCGGGGAAACGAG